UCGUCGUCUCACCCCCAGGCUCCCCCGUGCUGAUUUUGAUUUGAUUUCCCCCAAACCCUCUAUCCAUCCGAGGCUGAUUGAUUGCUGAAGGGAAGAGGAGAGAAGAGAUCCUCGUCUCGGCUUGUCUCGCCGCAUUCGAUCUGCCUUGCUCGGCUAGGGUUUGGAUUUGGAUUUUGGAGAGGAGGAGAUUUGGGUUGGUGGGUGGCUGGCCGGGAUGGAGGAGGUGGCGGAAUCGUCGACGGACUUCCUCGACUUCCUCGGCCCGGACACAUCCGCUACCGUCUUCACCAUGCUCCACGACCCCGCCGACCUCGCCCGCGCCUCCGCCGUCUCCCGCUCCUGGCGCACCUUCGUCAUUGCCAACCAGUUCAGCAAGAUGCAGUGCCUACGGGUGUGCCCGGAGGUGUCCACCUUCGCGCGCGUCGAGGUGCGCAGCAGCUCCGGCGGCAAAGACCAUGAUGUCGCUGGGCCGAGCGCUCGUGCCGAGGACGAGAGGCUCUCCCGGGACCACAUGGUGUACAUGCACCUCGCCCACGGCCUGCUCGCGCCGUACAGCGGCGCCAGGAACUGCAUCACCCGCUGCAUCGGCGCUUCCAGCACCGACAACUUCCCUGAGGAGACCAUCGAGAACACCCUCGAGCCUAUCGACCGCGUGGAGAUGAGACCGUCGUACUGGUCCAGCGGGGGGCAGAGGGACCCCGCCGUGCCCGAGUGGCUCAUUUAUAGGCUCCAGGCGGAUCUAUGCCUCGUUGAUGAAGUCAAGGUGCAGCCAUUCAAAGCAUUUUUCCAGUAUGGUGAUCCGAUUUACUCGGCAAAGUGCAUCCGGUUCAAGAUGGGCUAUCCAACAUCACCUCUAGAGCCUGAAACACUUGUGUGCGAUGAAAAUGAAGGGCAGCUAAUUGAUGAUAGCAACUAUGUCUGGACUUACACAUCUCCAGAAUUUCCAAUGUUGCAGGAAAAUGUUUUACAAUCCUUCAAGUUACCACACCCAGUUUUGUGUAUUGGCGGUGUGGUGAAGGUUGAGCUUCUUGGGAGGGUCCAGAAGCAGGCCAUGGAUGGCUUGUACUACAUAUGCGUGUCUCAUGUCCAAAUUGUGGGGAAGCCAGUCUCUCAAGAACUUGAGGUCGCUCCUCACGGGAAAGGUGUGGUCAUGAAUUACUACCCAGAUCCACGUAGAUGCAGCGUUGCUCGCAGUGACUCGUCGGGGGACGAUGGUCGCAGCAAGUGGCACGGCUUCGCGUCGAGGUUCUGGCACUCUGGCCGUGCUAGAGGGAUAGGUGGACUGAACCAGGGGCUGUUGAGCAGGCUGUUCGGUGCUCCGUUGCAGUUUGGGGGCGAAGACGAUGUAUCCGAUGAGGAGGGGGAGCUUCUUUAGAACUUAGAAGAAGAGAGGGAUAUAUCGUCGUCGAGCUCAUGUGUCUUUUAGGUUUGGUUUUGAACAAAAGAAACAUAGUUACUAGUACUACACACAAGUGAGUGUCCUUUGCGGUGCUGUUUGUGUGGCAGAGAUGCAUCAUCCAUUGGCUCACUUGUAAUCCAACCGAUGCUACUAUCGUUAUUAUUACCAGCUAGAGAAUAAAAUAUAUCUGAACUUGUUCAA